UUGGCUCACAGCACAAGCCCAAGAUGGCAACGUUGCUCCUUAUAUUUCCAUAAGCGUAUGAAAAUGACGCCCUUCAUGUGCAGUCCUUUGCUCCAGAAUAGCCCCAUCUGGUUGUGCAUCGUGCUGCCGCUUUUGCUGCGGCCCUUUCGAUCGCAUGAAGAGGCGGCUGUUUGACGCGGUUACGCUCUGCAGGAAGGGAAUGCAAUUAUGAAGGCAAUAAACCUUUAUGCAUCAGCUUGCAAACGAGGGUGCCAUGAGGCAUACUAUUUCAUGCAUGGAGUAGUGAGGCAGGUUUUGGAGACGCUAGAUAGCGGAGUUGUGGUUUGCGAGCCUGAAGGUUUUGCGCUGGAUGAGGCCCAGAGCAAUGCUUGCUUCGAGGAGAGACGAGACGUACCUUUGGUGGAGGAGGAGGCAAGGCAAGAAAGCCCGGGCUCGGAUCCUGGUCUUGCUGAGCGGAAUGUUGAAAUCCCAAAGUACAACCAAAUUGUGAUGGAAGAAGAUGCCUGGAAAGAUUGCAAGUUCUCCAAAACUACAUGGCAGGCGGCGCAUAGUCAUAGAAGCACGUGUGUUUGUUGACGUUGGUAUUUACAUGUAUUUACAGCGCUGUGUUCCUUCUUAAGUGCUUUUGGGCUAACAAACAAUUCCGAAUUCACUUCCGCUGCAAUUUGCGUAUUAUGUAAGCCGCGCGAACCCGAACCCGAAUCUGAACUGAACCGUUCCCGUUCCCGUUCAGUUCACAGCAGCUCGAAGGCCGCAUCAGGGUAACACGAACCCAAACCGAACCCGAACCCACACCGAACAGGGUACCCGGGCAGUGUACUUCUAUACCUAGAAAUAUACCGGACCAAACUUUUUGGCGCAUGCGGCCUCGCCGCGCUCUGAGCACAACGUAGGCACCAGCUGCUCAACCAGUCCGACAACGCUCGGACAGCAAUGUGCAAGUUCCCUGCACAUGGCGCAUGCCCGUGUCCUGACCUCUUGUUGAUCGUGAAUUUUCCCCGACUUACAGAUAUAUAGUAACAAGUGCCACGCUAGUAGUAACAGGUGCC